UUUACAGGCCAGUUAAAUUUAUUUUAAAUGUUAGAUAAAUUACUUGCCAUAGAAACACCAUUAAAAAAGCCUCAAGUAUAAUCUGUAAUCACCGUUACAGAGAGAGGGCUCUUGUUAAAGCGUGACAGUUGUUGCGUGGUAAACUCAGAAACGAUCACUGUACUUCAGUCUUGUUUUCAGACUCACUUCCAUUUCAAAAGCAGUGUUUGUAGCACUGAGUAGGAAUAUUGCUGUUCAUUAACACCUGACAAACGGCUAACUCCUGGGUUUGUUUGUCUGUUUUGUUGUUGUUGCUGUUUUUCAGAAAUAAUAAAAACAAGAGUUCAUCACCAGGGAGACUUGUAAUCAUCUAGAAGAAGAGAUAAGAUUCAUCAUGUCUUUAAAUGUCCAUAAUCAGAGGACCAGCAAAAAGCAUUUUCAGGUGGAUCCUCUUCUGAUGCCCAAAGUCCCUCGAACCAAUUACUUGCACCUUCAGGAAGAGAAACACAGGUUACAGCUAAAGAAGUUCCUCCUUCACAGGAUGUUUCUUGUGGGCUACAUAAAAGCCACCCUAGAGAAAAAGGAGAUUACUGAAUAUUAUGAGAAACUGUUCCAGUCAAUUCUGAAGAAUCACUUAGGAGAAGCAGUUACAGGAUUAUUGCUCGUAUACUCAAAAACUUUUCUGCACAUCCUUGAGACCUCCAACGGCACACUUUUCCGAAUCCUUCUAGAUUAUGUUGCCCAUGAGAAGGAAGACAAAGAAUAUAUGAUCCAAAAUGUGAAAAUUAUAGUUGCGUCUCAUAACAUCCCCACGAGGCUGUUCAUGCAGUGGCAUGUUUCUGUCAUCAAAGUCCCCGUAUUGUAUCUAGAGGAUGUCACACAAUCACAGUCUCUAGCAGAGGUCACCACAGAUUUUCUUUCCAUGACUCACAAACUGGCACUCCACCUUUUCAAGACCGUGAAAGUGGGUACGAAAGGACCAGGUGACAACUUGCACCAAGUUGCCCCUGACCUCCUCCUCCCAGAACAAACUAUUGAGUACUUAUGCAAAGCUGAAGAAUUCAUGGAUCCAGCAACAUUCUUAAACAUGUAUAACAGACCCAUACAUAUUACCCUGGAUUCUGAGAUUGUGUGGCCAGCUCCUUCUCGUUUUUAGGAUGAGGAGAGAUAGUGUGUGUACAUCUCAUCAAGAUUUUGUACAACUUUAAAAACAAAGAAAUAUUUAAAGUUACUCUUUCAAAAAAAAGGAGCAUAACAUUUAAAUAAGCACACAGAAUGUUAAAACAUCUAAAGCUAAACAUCAGAAUAUAUUUGCUUAUUCUGAUCCAAAGUUGAAUAAUUUUUUCAGGUAAUUGGGUUUAAUAAAUUUGAG